GAGAGCGAGGGAACGCCGAGCGAAUCGCGCAGGUAUGCACGCGUGUGCGGAUGCGUGUGUGCGUGAGCGUGGUUCUCCAGCAGGUUCUCGGCGUGCCGUCGGGGUGAAAUGUCUUCGAUUUUCAAUGGCAACGACGCGAGGAAACGUCGCGCUCGUCGCAGGCAUUGAGCACGUUCGGACGAAGCCGACAGUGACGUGAAGUGCCCGUCAUUGCGCGGCAUAUUGUGGUAAUUUUCGCAAUUAUGAGAUCAAGCCAAUACGGACCGAUCGAGACACGCUUGUCAAACGUAUCUCGCCCACGUGUGAUGUAGCAUUGUUCCGAGAAACCUGCAUUCUCGGCUAAUACGAACAAAUUAAAUAAACAUGAGGGUCACAUCGUGUCAUUUUCGUCGUUGCAUCAUAGCAGCAUUGUCAAUAGUGUUGUUAUUUUGUGUCAUUCAAGUAAUAAGAAUAGAGCUGGGAUUCAAUGAUGAUCUUACAAACAUAGAAAAGUUGAUGCACAUAUCACAAUCAAUCAAAGAGUCAGAACAGCUUUAUGCCGGGGAAGGUGUUAUUGCCUGCAAGUUACCUCAGUUAAAUGUAUCUAGUCCGGAAAUAAUGAAAUUUAUACACGAUGUGCCACCUUUGUCUUGCGGAUCGGAAGAUUGGGUCACCGUGGAAGGUUCGAAACUUGUUAUUACCGAUAAAGCGCGAAACAAGUAUGGACAAAUCACAUGCAUCUUCAGUGAGAUCGUCAGAACAGACGAUUAUAAUACAAAACUGCUGGAGGGUAUAGAGGCUGACGAUUUCUACAUACUUAAAGACAGUGACUUCGCCGAAGUCCGAUGCAAGUCGAAGAAAGGGGAUGUGUGGCAGGGUAUGCUCGCUGGGGUGAAACACGAUCCACGCGUCAGAAAGUAUCACAACUGGGCCAACGUGCCGGGCACCGGCUUGAAACUGAACGUCCUCAUGUUCGGCUUCGAUUCGCUAUCCAGGAAUACGUUUAUUCGUAAACUUCCCAAGACCUAUCGUUUCAUAAAGCAUCAGUUGAAUGCUCUGGUGCUGGAAGGAUACAACAUCGUGGGUGACGGCACCCCGCAAGCGCUUAUCCCGAUUCUCACCGGCAAGAUCGAACUUGAAUUACCGGAGACGCGAAAGCGAAUGGGCCAGAAAGCGAGUUACGUUAACGUUUACCCCAUGAUAUGGAACAAGUAUAACGAGCACGGUUACAUAACAGGUUUUAUGGAGGAUGUGCCGCAUAUCGGGACUUUCACCUACCGCCUGAAGGGCUUUAACGAGCAACCGACUCAUCACUAUAUGCGCACGUAUUAUUUAGCCGCUUCUCCGUACUUCAAAACGUACAAGAAGUUCUGCAUAGCCGGCACCCCGCGUCAUAUGGUGAUGAUGAAUUAUAUAAAAACGAUUUUCAAUACGUAUAAAAAACAGCCAAAGUUCGUAUUUGGAUUUCACGGAGAAUUGUCACACGAUUCUUACAAUGAUAUCGGAGCGGUGGACGAUGAUCUCUAUUUUUGGGUGAAAGAUCUUUACGAUUUUGGACAUUUGAACAAUACCAUUUUAAUUUUGAUGAGCGACCACGGACACAGAUUCGCGGAGAUUCGCAAUACUCUGCAAGGGAAGCAGGAGGAAAGGCUCCCGUUCUUUUCUUUCAUCUUUCCACCUUGGUUCAAACAAGACCAUCCACAGGCAUACGCGAAUUUCGUGUACAACACGCAGUACUUAACGUCACCGUUCGAUGUGCACAGAACAUUGGAAAAUAUACUUGACUUCGGCACACCGAAGGAUGGAGAUCGUCAUCAAAGAGCUAUCAGCUUAUUCGACAAGAUACCUACAGAUAGAACGUGCGCGGACGCGUUCAUAGAGCCCCAUUGGUGCGCUUGUCUCGGCUGGCAAGAGAUCUCGGUCGACGAUACGGUUGUUAGCGCUGCCGCCAAUUAUUUCGUCCGAUUUCUCAACGAUUACACCGUGGAUCAUCGCGACAUUUGCGAGAUAUUACGUUUGGACGAGAUUCUAUGGGCCGCCAAGCUCAUACCUACCAAAGGUUUGCUAGAUUUCCGGAAAUCCGGAGACCAAGACGGCUUCGUGGGUGAUUUCAGUGCCAAAACGAAAGUGACGACAGAGGUGUACCAAUUAAAAGUGAGAACUUUACCAGGCAAAGCGUUGUUCGAGGUCAGCAUUGCUCACGACCUGACGACCAAUACUUUCCACACGAAGAUCUCUGACAUCAGCAGAAUUAACAUGUACGGGUCUCAAGCGAGAUGCGUGGAGAAUUCGCUGUUUCAUCUGCGCAAAUACUGUUACUGCAAAGGAUAGGUAACGUUUUUGCAUCGGCAGCGAUCGCGUUUCUAACUGAUCGGCGACACACAUCAAAACAUUCGAAUCAAAGACGUCGUCUCGACCGCACCGAAGGAUAUUAUUUAGUUUAAAAUAUAAUUUUGUCGUGUGUAUUGUGAUUUUGUUGAACGUAGCCAUAUUAGACCGAGAGAUAGCAUUUGUCCAAUAAUUCCGUGCGGUUUUUGCCGACAAAUAGCUCCAGCCUAGCUUCAUCCUCAGUCGAAAUCUUGAGAGCGUAUAGUUAUUGACAGGUGACAUUUCAACGUGCAUUAGAGAAAAGAAAAAAACAACGCGAAGAUUGGUCGUGUUUUGUGUGUUUGGUAUCAUUUGAAAGAGGGAUGACUGAAACGAGCAUUCUCGGCAUAUGCUUUUUAUCUUACAAGAGGCAGAAAUACAGCAUAGAGUAAACAGGAAGUUCUUUGAGCGAGGAAUCAUGAAGCUGCCUGAAAGAUAGUAAAAGAUAAUGAAUCAACGGCCACAUUGAUUAAAGUUAUCGCCUUUUUAUGAGGAAGUCUUUCAUUUAGAGAAGGUCCCGUUAAUGCACGGUGCGAUAACACACAUCCACUCACUCUGCGUAGAAUCUUUUCGCUGAACCACCAAUUAGAAAAUUUUCUAUUAGCCAGUCACCUGUGUGGGCUGUCGGAGCCCCGGCCUUUCAUUUACAGAUAAAAAAUCGCACGGAAUUAUUGGCCAACCCGAUACAUGCGUACUUUAAUUCAAGCUUCUGAUAAUUGUGUAUCGAUGAAAAACAGCCAUUAUGAUCACAGAAUAUCGCACGGAACAUAUCACACAUUCUUAAAAGAUUUUAUACGUGUAUCUACGUGCGAAUUACUACUACAUAGGCGGUAUAUAUCUUGCUUUAAAUGGUUCAAGAAAUCUCGAUUAUUUCAACGUGUGACGUGAAAUAUGUUAUCUCGUGUACUAAAAAGGUAAACGAUACGCUUAUUAUCCUAAUGUUAAUUAAACUAUAUUUAAUUUUGUAAAUAUGAAUUGUAUGAUUCCGUAUGCUUCCGUAUACAUCCAAACGUUUUGUUUACAAUUAAUAUUGCGUGCCAGUGUAUUGCAGUGAUAGCUCGAAUCUCUCAUCGGUAUUGCUCGUGAUGAUAUGAACUUCUAAUUGGUAUAGUAUAUGUAUCUCUUUAUUAGAUACUUUAUAGUGAAUUUUGUCCCUCAUUUUUAUUAUUUUUGUCGAUCUGUAGACGAAAAAUCACUAUUUGUAUAAUAAUGAUGCAAGAGGAAGAAGGUCCUAUUUAUGUGUUUGCAAAGGGAAAGAUCCACAACCUUACAAUUCAAGCAAGAUACAGUAAUAACAUCUAGGAAUUAUUAAUUAUAUAUAAUGUACGAUAAAGAACACGUUGCAGCAUAUAUUUUUGCUCUAUAUUUAACGCUAAAUAUAGUCGAUUCUGCGCCUUUGAUAUAAUUAAUGAUAAUUAUUAAAUAAUAAUUACAAAUUGUGAAAAAAUAAAAUUAUGAUCAUAAUUAAAGUAAAUCAUAAUUAUUCGAUAUUAAUAAGUAUUAAUAUCUAUAUCACAUUAUAAGGGUGUUGAAGAACAAAGACAGGCUUAUGUUUGGCGUUAAAUAUAGAUUGUAAAAAUGCAAACUAAUACGUAUGCUAGUCUUA